GGAGGCGGCGGUUGGAGCUGAGGGAAGCGGCGGUUGUAGCUUAGGGAAGCGGCGGUUGGAGCUGAGGGAAGCGGCGGUCGGAGCUGAGGGAAGCGGCGGUUGGAGCUGAGGGAAGCGGAGGUCGGAGCUGAAGAUGUGUGUAGGUGGUGGAUGCUCAGCAGCAGCCCAGUCAUCAUCCCAUCGUAAAUAAAUGAGUCAACAUGGCCGCGGAGCAGCUCGCCCUGUAUCACCGCUGAGACUCCGAAUAAAACACACAGAUUAAAUGGCGUUCAUGUCCCGGUUCUCCCGGUCCCGGAGCAGCUCCAGGUCGCCGAACCGAAAAGACUCGGAGCGCGUGUCCCCGACCCUGACCGUGUCCGAGCUCGAGAGACUCCUGUGCACGGGCAAAACUGCCUGUAACCAUGCCGACGAAGUGUGGCCAAGACUCUAUAUUGGAGAUCAAGAGAUCGCAUCAGACCGGCGUGAGCUGGCCAAACUCGGCAUCACGCACAUCCUCAACUGUGCCCAGAGCAAGUGGCGCAGCGGGGCAGAGUAUUACUUCGGCAUGAACAUCACCUACCACGGCAUCGAGGCCCACGACUCCCCCACCUUCGACAUGAGCGUCAACUUCUACCCGGCUGCUGAGUUCAUCCACAAAGCCCUCACGGGUGGAGGUAAGGUGCUGGUCCACUGCACCGUGGGAGUGAGCCGCUCCGCCACCCUGGUGCUGGCCUACCUGAUGAUCAGGCAGAACCUGACCCUGGUCGAGGCCAUCAAGACGGUGAAGGACCACCGGGGCGUCAUCCCCAACCGGGGCUUCCUCCGCCAGCUCAACGGCCUGGACGGCAUCCUGAGAGAGAGCCGUAAGACCUCGCCGCACAGCUGAGAACCCCCCUGAGACACACACACACACACACACACACACACACACACCACACACACACACACACACACACACACACAUAAACACACACACACACACACACACUGGUGAGGACUGGUUAAACUGGGGGAGAUAAUGGGACCAAGGUAGGAGCAGCUGGUGGGUUUCUGAUGCUGAUGAUGAGGGUUUGACUGAUUAUAUCUUCAAACUCAAUGUGUAUUUGUUAUAUAUGUUUGUAUAUUUAUAUAUGUCAUGUUUUUGUGUUUGAGGCUACAUCUACACCGCACUACGGCUUUUGCACGAUAUGAGGAAAAUAUCUAAUUGGAAUUAUCUUGACUGAUACUGAGACUGCGAUUCGUGAUUUGAAUAUUGCACUAGUCCAUAUUGCAAUUUCACUAAAAUUGCAAUCUAUUGUGCAGCUCUACUGCUGUCCCCAAUUAGGGAGAGGGGAAUCAGCAGACACCUCCCGAUACGAUAUCAUCACGAUACUAAUUCCAUGAUACAAUAUCUUUGCGAUUUAAACAUAUUGCCAUAGAGCCAAGGAUUACACAUGAUGUUUGUCAAUUUAAAAGAUCAUUUUUCGACUGAAGAAAGUCUAACGUCCCUCAAAUGAGCAGCGGAUCUCGCCUGUUCUUUUGCUUAUCUGCUAAAAACACUUCACUGGAUAAAACACAUCAGUUACCUUAACGUUACAUGUGUUGUGGAACUGAGCUAAGCUAGCUAGCUAGCUAGCAAGUUGAGCAUCAAGCUAGGUGACGUUAAUUGUGUGAGAUGAGAGAUGUAGUUCACUGAGCGGUUUCACACACAAUUAAGUAUCACUAUGACAAACCCACGGCUAACUGAGACUUUCUAUGGGUGAAAAAUUAUCUUUUAAAUUGACGAACAUCAUAUUUGCAACCCAUGGCUCAAUUCAAUCAGUCCAGACCAGACUUCGGCUCUUUAUAGGGACGGACAUUAGUUCUGCUACUGGAGCUAAAACUCUUGUUUUUGUCUCAAAACGACGCUUAAAAAUGAAAACCUAGUCGUGUAGAUGAAGCCUCUGAAACAACAUGAGCUCUGGAGGUAAAACUCUCUUGUAUUUAUUGUCAGAAUUCAAUUAAGUCAAUGAGUUUAAUUGAUGAAGAAUUCAAUUAAGUCAAUGAGUUUAAUUGAUGAAGAAUUCAAUUAAGUCAAUGAGUUUAAUUGAUGAAGAAUUCAAUUAAGUAAAUGAGUUUAAUUGAUGAAGAAUUCAAUUAAGUCAAUUAGUUUAAUUGAUGAAGAAUUCAAUUAAGUCAAUGAGUUUAAUUGAUGAAGAAUUCAAUUAAGUCAAUGAGUUUAAUUGAUGAAUAAUUGAAUUAAGUCAAUGAGUUUAAUUGAUGAAUAAUUGAAUUAAGUCAAUGAGUUUAAUUGAUUACAUUCCACCUGUGACGAGCAGGCGAUCCGAUUGGGGAUUCCCUCGUUUUAUAACAGAAAAACAGGAACGUCCACUCUUUCCACUUUUUAAUCCAACUUCAGAGCAUUCCACUACAACCGGAUGUUUUACUGCCACUGACAAGACGACUAAAUAAAUAAAUCUCGACUCUUGACAGAACCGAGGGUCACUGAUACGCUGCAGGAAUCCUCCACAGGUCACGGAUUCUCUGGCGCUUUUGUUCUCGUUUUGGGAAAUUUCUAGAAAAAUACACAACGCCACCAAGUCUUAAAAUGAGCUGAAUCACACUGGAAGUAGAUGAAAUAAUCUAAUCAAUGGUAGAAUGUUCCCCUUUUUUUAAGGAACGCAAAAACCUGCAAACCUUUGGUCACUUGAACUUGCUUUAUUCACAAAGUUCCAGUCGUCUUUACCCUUGUGUUGUCUUCCAAAAUUUAAAAUAAAAUUAUUAUUUUUUCUUCAACGUUUUGGUCGUCUUUUUCAACACUUUUGUCGCUUUCCCAGAUGUUUUUUCUCUCCACUUUUCCCGACGUUUUUGAAGCUUUUCCCGACAUAUUUGUCACAUUUUCUUUUCAAAUGCUAAACAACUGAAUGAAACAACCAAAUUCAAUGAAAGUAGUAAACCGAUCAUUAAAAUUUCUUGUGAAGAGCGUCGUAUGGAACCGUCCACGUUAUUUCUUUUGACUAUUUGGAUGCAAGAAGCCCCAAAUUUCUGAUAUAGAAUCUUGUUGAAAGCGAGUCAAAUUUGACCCGAGGGCAACAGGAGGGUUAACAGGUCAAAUUUAGGAUCCUCACGGUGAGGGGGGGGUAGUGUUGCAUUCCCCCCCCCCCCCCCCCCCCCCCCCCGACUCGUUUCCUGGUUCUCCUUCUCCAUAAACAACAUGAAACCAA